AUGCUGUUCCGCUUCGGCGUGGUGCUGCCCGCCCGGGUGACGGAGGGCGGCGCGGAGCUGCUGCUGGCCGGGUCGCGGCCGGAGCUGGGCGAGUGGGACCCGCGGCGCGCCGUGCCCAUGAGGCGGGCGCGGCCGAGCGCCCCGCUGCCCGCCCAGGAGCCCGCGCUGUGGCUGGCCGAGGUGGCGCUGCCGGACGAGGACGCCGCCAGCCCCUUCUGGUACAAGUUCCUGCGGCGGGAGGGCGGCCACUUCCUCUGGGAAGGUAGUGGGCCCCAUCAUGAUCGAAGCUGUGUUUACAACCAGAGCAACAUAGUAGAUGGAGUUUACUGCCUCCCAAUAGCACACUGGAUUGAAGUCUCUGGACAUACUGAUGAGAUGAAACACACAACUGAUUUCUAUUUCAAUAUUGCAGGACAUCAAGCUAUCCAUUACUCCAGGAUUCUGCCAAACAUCUGGCUGGGAAGCUGUCCUCGGCAGCUGGAGCAUGUGACCAUCAAGCUGAAGCAUGAGCUGGGUGUCACAGCUGUGAUGAACUUCCAGACUGAAUCUGACAUUGUUCAAAAUUCCUGGGGCUGCAACCGCUACCCAGAACCCAUGAGCCCCGAAAUCCUCAUGAAACUGUAUAAGGAAGAAGGUCUUGCCUAUGUCUGGCUGCCAACUGCAGACAUGAGCACCGAAGGCAGAAUCCAGAUGUUGCCACAAGCGGUGUGCCUGCUGCACGGGCUGCUGCAGAACGGACACACUGUCUAUGUGCAUUGCAAUGCUGGCGUGGGCAGGUCCACGGCUGCUGUCAGCGGCUGGCUGAGGUACGUGCUGGGAUGGAGCCUGAGGAAGGUGCAGUACUUCUUGGCUGCCCGGAGACCAGCUGUCUACAUAGAUGAGGAAGCUCUGAAUCGUGCUGAAGAAGAUUUCUACCAGAAAUUUGGGCACCUUCGUUCCUCGUAUCAAAUACAAGAGUAGAAAAGCAGAAGAAGAAAAGGAAGGUGAAGAGGAAUCCUUACAUUUGAACCUCAAGGACUUAGAAAUUUCUGUGUCUCAGGCACCCACCUCAACUCUUCAGAUUAUAAACUUCUUGUAAAAGUGAUGAGAAUUUUGUUUAAAAAGUGCCUUAGAGGCUUUUAUUUGCUUUCCUUAAGCUGACAUGGUUCAUGUUUUCAAGCCUUUUGGUGCAAUUAUGAGACCUAGAAACUGCAAAGGGAAGCAAGAUUUUCUUUUAACUACUUGCCUAUAGGAGCUGAGGUUUAGGCUAGAAACUAAACAAGACGUGAGGUGAAAUAGAAUUGGCAAUAAAAAGUGAGAAGAAAAAAAUAUGAAUAUUGACUGGAUUAAGAUUCAGAUUAGGAUGGAGCAGAUCAUUAUCAAAGCUGCUCAGUUAUUUUAAGCAGAUAUUAGAUUGUUGCAGUGUUUUGUAGUAAUUCUGUAGACAAGUGGUAUUGAUGAGAAAGACCAGAAGGAAACUGGUUCUUCAACUCAGUGUUUAAAAACAAAAAGCUAAUGUCUAAUGCAGUGAACUAAGAUUUGCACUUUGUCCAUCUAGUUAAUGUUAAGUAUUAUGGGCUCCAGCUGAAUUCUUUCAUGACAUUGGGAUUAUGCUGGGCUGUGGCAUGGAGAGAGAACACAGCUCCAGCUGUGGCAGCCUUGCUUUGUCGUGGGGCAGGACCACUGCUUGUUACAUUAUCCUAGGCUGUGAGUUCUCUGAGAUGAAGCUGCAUUUUGCCCCUCUGGUCCAUGCAGUGCUGAACAGGGGCUCCCUUAGGUGCCAAGUCAGUCUGAGCAGUGACCACUGGGUAAGACAGGACCUAUAGGAAUUGUGUGAUAAGCAGAGUGCACGACUGGCACCUCAGCCUCUGGGCUGUUGACCCAGAUUAACAUUUCCAAUACAGCCAAAGCCUCUACUUGUGCAAGCAGUGGGUGCGUGCUGGGUUUAGCUCAUUGAAGCUAAUGCUGGGCUACCUCUGGGCUGAAUGAAGUCAAUAGAUUCCUCUCUAGGAGCAAAGAGCAACUCUGCAGAGGAUGGUUUCUCAGGAGCUCAGCCUCAGUGUUAGCUUUGUGGAUGCUCCCUAAUGUUUUCCAUUGCUGCUUGGUCCCUUAGCUAAACUAAGCACCAACAGCUUCCAGUCCCGCUCAGAUGAAACUAAUUUGAUAUAAAUUGAGUUCAAGAGAGAAGAGAGGAUGAAGGAUGCAUAAACAUUAAGAAACAUAAUUUCUAUAGGUUUAUUCUUCAGUGAAAUCUCAUUUUUUCCAGGCAACUUGUUCCUCUAAAGAUGCAGUCAGUGACAGAGUAGUUUAAGUAAUAAAUAUUGAUUUUCUGAAUGCUUAAUGGAGAAACUAUUGGAUAUGAGCUGUUUAUGGAGAAUGUCCAAAAUAAUAUAUUUUAUUUAUCCUAUACUUCAAUCAUCUUGAAAAGAAAAAUGUUCAUUUAAGUUAUUGUAUUUGUGGGUUUGACCAUGACUUUAUUUCUGAAUUUUUGAAAUAAUACUGCCUGUUUAGAAAAUGGAUGAGGAAAUAAAGACAAAAUGACUAUU